CAGAGGUUGAACGACCCGAGCUUUCAAAUCUCGGGGGGUGGAAAAGCUCGGCACAGCUCCGACUCGCACCCGCAUCCUGCCGUCUCGUUGACAUCCUGAAUCCUCGAGGGCGCAACCUUUCCCCCCGGCGCUGGCCAUUUUCGAGAAGUGAAAGAUGAAGCCGACGGUGCGGCUAUCCGCUGCCCCGCGCAGCGUCUCAGACGCAACGCGAUUUACGGCUACUACGCUGCAUGCGAGCUCUAAGGCCGCCGCGCCACCACCGCGGUUUGCGCCUCCAAAGUCGGGAUCUGGAAACAUUGCUCCUGGCGCCGGCGCCGGCGGCAAGGGCGGGCCAAUUCAUGAGACACCAGAGCAGAAGGUCGCCCGGUUACGGGCAGCACACCUGAGGGCCAAGGCGGCGCAGACGUCGAGGCUCGACCGCAUCAUCGCCGCGAGCAGUCGGGUGUUUGACUCGGCCCACAAGAUCACGGUUGCGGGGUUGAUCGGCUUCACAGUCAUUGCCGGCCUCGCGACCGCCUACACCGCCGUCGACAUGUUGACGUACAACAAGAGGCGUAAUGCCGAGUGGAUUGAAAGGAAAAAGAAGCUGGAGGCCGACAGUCUCGAGGCCGCCCGCAUCGCCUACAUGACGGGCAAGGCAACCGAGGAGCAGAUCAAGCUUGUCGAGGAGCAGCUCGAGCGCGAGCGCCAGUCGGGCCGCAAGACGUCCUUCUUCUCCGACUUGAGCGUCCUCAGCACACCGGAGCCUGCCGAUGCCACGGCCAACCCCUCCUCCUCCUCCUCCUCCUCCUCCUCCUCCUCCUCAUCAUCAUCAUCAUCAUCCGCACAAACAUCACCCCAAUCCACCACAACGACACUCCCGCAACCCGGCAGCGUAACCGAGAGGGUGUCUUGGCCACCAAAGGACGGCGCCCUGCCCGCCGACCAAGAGGACCAGGACCAGGACCAAGAGCGGAAAUCUUCAGGCAUCUGGUCCUGGCUCACCUCGAACCUCAAGCGCGAAGAAGCCGACGAACCCAUUUCCUCAUCAUCCCCUCCCCCCUCGACACCCCGCCUCGGCUACGAAUCCCUAAGCCCGGAUGACGAGAACGGCGUUCGCGACAGCGACAUUGUGCGUGCCGUCGAGAGCAAGCGGGCCGCCCUCAAGGCCAAGGCGCAGGCCGCGCUGGACAAGGAGAGAGAGAACCAGCGGUCGGGCGGGCCGCUCGAUCGGGUCGGGACUCAGGAGGGGGAGACCGGGGUUGCCAAGGAUGGGGAGCAGCUUACCGGUGACAAGCCGAAGAAGAAGGGUUGGUUCUGGUGAUUCGUCUUCUUUUUUUUCUUGC